CCCUUUCAAUAUCUCGUCAUCGAUCUCUCCAUCCCUCGAUCCAUUCCUUCUCCUCCGUCAAUGUCCUCCACCGGAGCUCCACCCUCCGCUGGCGCCGGCGCCGCCGCUCAGCAGCGCUAUUUCUGCCACCAGUGCGACCGCACCGUCCUCAUCACCCCCGACCCUGACACGGACCUCGUUUGCCCUCUCUGCCAUGGCGGAUUCAUCGAAGAAUUCGAUCUCCCAUCAAACCCUAACCCUAAUUCGAACCCUAGCCGUUCCUCUACCCGUCCAUCUCCAUUCCUCGCUCUCUCCUCCGCGAUGAGCCCCUUCUUCUCCGCAUCCUCCUCCUCCUCCCUCCUCUUCCCUUCGGCUCCGACCGGCUUCGAUGUCCACCAGGCUUCCGAUCUCACUGAUUUUCUCAAUUCUGACCGCUUCCCUCCCAUCCCCAGCCUCGACGGCACCGAGGCCUUCAAUCCCUUGGCCUUCUUGGAGAACUACCUCAACUCCCUCACGGCUGGCGGCGCCAACAUCCAGGUCGUCCUUGAGGGCGCCCCUCCUCUCCCCGCUGGCGCUAACCUUGGUGACUACUUCAUUGGCCCUGGCCUCGAGCAACUCAUUCAACAGCUCGCUGAGAAUGAUCCUAACCGCUAUGGCACUCCGCCUGCUGCUAAGUCCGCUGUCUUGGGGCUUCCAGAUAUUUUGAUCUCUGCGGAGCUCUUGGCAUCUGAUGAUGCCCAGUGUGCUGUUUGCAGGGAUACGUUUGAGAUUGGGGCGGAGGCCAAGCAGAUGCCUUGCAGACACAUUUAUCAUAAGGACUGCAUCAUGCCAUGGCUCGAGUUGCAUAACUCCUGUCCGGUGUGCCGGUAUGAAUUGCCGACGGAUGAUCCGGAUUAUGAGCAACGGAGGGGAGUUCAGGCUCCUGCUGCUUUGGGGACUGGUGGUUCUGGCGCUUCUGGCGGUUCUGGCGGGCAGGGGGCUGCUUCUGGUGAUGGAAACUCUCCGACCCAGAGGAUGGUGGAACGGAGGUUUCGGAUCUCGCUACCAUGGCCGCUUAGGAUGUUAGGAUCGCAAGCUGAAGGGAGCAAUGCUGGAGGUGGCCCAAACAGUGAUGGGGGUGCUAGUGGAGGGAAUGCAGGCUCUGGUGGCAGUGGAGAUUCUAGGUCCGAGCCAAGGCAUGAGGACAUGGACUGAGAAUAUUUUGAGGGUGAGUUCUGAAGCUGCUUUUUCGACAAACAGUUCCACAUUAUCUGGUUCUCUGAGUUGCUUAAAAUCUAUACUUAUGGUGAAAUCAAGCCCAAAAUAAUGUCAUAGAUCAUCCCAUUAUUCGUUUCGUUUUAGUGUCGUCGUUGUUUUGGUAUUGUUGAUAGUGGAAUGAGAUGCUAAAUCUGUGACCAUGAUCUGGUCUUCAUGCCAGAACCUCACAGAAGCACAAUUCAUGCAGGCAGUAAUGUCUAUUUUUGGGAUCACUCCGAAGCAAUUCCCUUUUCUCUAUAGGUUACUUUAUAUAGUUCCUUUUAUUUUGAUUACAAUGUAAAAUGCACAACUCCCUUUUACUAAUUGUCCGAUCGAAGGGUACUGUUCUUGCA